GGCAGAUGAAGAGGGGACCAGGAGGAGGAUGAGGCCAGCGAGGGAGGCCUUGUCCUUCAGGCCUGAGUUUGAAUCACGUCAGGACUCGGGGCUGCUGCUGACUUCACCUGGGAGCACCUGAGGCGGUGCGCACUGAAACUAUGACCCUGAAGAACCAUGAAGGUGAAUCUGAGGCUUUGUUCUCUCCCAGCCUGCUGGAGGAGGAGGAUGCAGGGCCCUCGGCCAAGAAACCACAAAGCACCAGUUCAGCUAACAAGGAGCUGCUCUGCCUCUCCUGCAAGACUCCAGAAGGUUCAGUGUGCCUGCCCUUCUUCCGCACCUAUGACUGGCUCUUGGCUGAAGAGAAGUUGGUCCUGCAGCCUGAGGUUUACAUGAACCAAGGAAGCCCGUGGACCAGGCAGGCACCAUUUCUGGAGGAUUCAGUGCCAGCCAGUGGCUUCUUCCCUUACUAUCGCUCCAAGGAAGACAGUCUUCCCAGCCUUGCCUUUCCUAGCCGGUGGCAUGAGCACUCCCAAGACUCUCUCCCUGGUGGGAAGGCACAGGAGGACUGGUUCUGCGAGACACCAGUCAGGGACAGAUGCCCUGAUUCUGCUGCAAGCUCUGAUUUCAUCUCCUGGUCCUCACACUUACUGGCCCCCGGCCCCAUGCUGCUGCUCUCUGCAGGGAGCUCCUGUGACUCUCUCUCUGGGACCCAAGGCUUUUGUGCCACAGGAUUCGUGCCUUACUACAGAAGCCCCGAGGAGAAGCUGCACACUGCCCCAGGGCCUCCUGCUUCACUGUCCAGGAGAGACUAGGAGCUGCUGGGGAAUGAGGCCUGGCACCCAGUUCUCUGCAAAGGCUGAAGGUGGCUUGAGCUGGAAAAACUGCCCAACAAGGAGUGACCCGCUGCAGCUGAAGCGGUUCUGCCGAGGAAUGACUGUCUGGCCCAGCACUCCAGCCUGAGUUUCCUACCAUAGCCUGCCCUAAGUUGAGACCCAGGAGAGCAGGGGCUGCCUGAGCAAUGGAGGAGCAGGGUGCCCAGAG